ACCAAUAGUUAAUAGUGUUUUUAAACUGAUUCUUGUUUUGUUAAGUACAAAAAAUAAUUGUUUUAAGUUUCAACUUCAUCCGAGAAUGAUUGUGAGAGAAAUAACAUGCACAAUUAUCUAAGGAAAAAAACAUAUUUAGCCAUGUUUCUGAAAACUGAAGGAUUAAUUUCUCUUGUUGAUAUAAAAAUAAUUACCGAUUGGAGUGAUCGUUAAAUGAACUUGUGUGUUACCCGUGCUUGUAAUCGUGCUAGUAUUUGUAAUCGUGUUCGCAUUAUCGUUGUCUGUGAAUCGUGACCAGUCUGUACUGUGUUAUUGUGUGUAUCAGUCGUGUUUUAUUAAAAUAAAGCCUUGUUUCUAAGGUUAUGAAUUGAUUCAGUAUAUUACACCGAUAAUUAAUUUUGCUUUUUAAUUCAUAUUUUGUAAGGUACAAUAGAUAAUUGUGUUGAUAAAUUAAACAAUAACAAUUUCCGGUAAGAAUACUUUUAUUUUAGCAUCAUUUGUGAAACUGGGAUACUACGAAUUCUGUUUAUGCCAGAUUUUUUUUUUUGCAAUUUCUGAAGAAUAAUAGCCUCUUUAACAAAAUCGUCAUUCCCUGCCCUACUUACCGACUUACCGAAGCGAAUCACGAAUUGUUACUUCUAGGUUUAAUAUUUUGAAUAUGGUGCAGUAUUCAGCAUGGCCUUGGACAGCUGUGGUGUAACAUUUAAUGAACACCCCAAACCAACACCUAACACGCCACAGACUUGAAGUGUAAUUACAUCAAUGAGUGACAAUGUUUGAGACAGUUCUUCCAUAUUUUGAGACUUCUGCCAUUCUCGCUGCAGUUCUGUUACUUUUGGUGACUUUCUACAUCAGGUCACGUCAACCUAAAAAUUUACCACCAUCACCUGGAGCAGCUCUUCCUCUUAUUGGACACUUGCAUCUGCUGGGGAAAAAUCCUCGGAGAAGGUUCAAGCAAUGGGCACAGGAAUAUGGAGAUGUCUUUACACUUCAAAUGGGUCCACAGAGAACUAUUUUUGUGAACACACUGGAAGCUAUGAAAGAAGCUUUCAUCAAGAAAGCUGACUUUUUCUCAGACAGAUCCCAGAACAAUAUUAUAGGACGUCAUGCUUCCAACUUUUUUCAUGGCAUCAUUUCCACUUCUGGGUCCAACUGGAAAGCCCAGAGAACCACGUCCCUAGCCAUUCUCAGAAACUUUGGUAUGGGCAAAAAUAUGUUGGCUGAAAAAAUCUUAGAAGAAGUUUCUUUCUACACCAAAGAGCUGGCCAAUAGCAAAGGAAAACCUUGUGAUAUUCAUUACCUGACCAAUAUGAGUAUAUCUAAUGUGAUAAGCUCCAUCAUAUUUGGGAAACGUUUUGAGUUCAAUGAUCCAAAAUUUAUAAAGCAAAUUGAAAUGUUCAAUGACCUGGUGAAGUUAAGCACGGGAGUUUUAGUCUUGAACUUUUUCCCUAGUUUAUAUUAUCUGCCUUUCGAUUUGUUCAAAGGCAAAAAGCUGAUACAAUUAUAUUUAGCUAUGCGCGAUUUCACUGAUGAGAUGAUUAGUGAAAUAAAAAUGCGUCAUGAUUCUGGAAAUCUAGACAACUACAUUGUUGCUUAUAUUGAGGAAAUGGAGAAAGAGAAACAAGUGGGACAACACUUUCUAGACGAAUUAAAUUUGGCUCGCAACAUUGACAACUUGUUCAUAGCUGGCUCAGAAACUACAAGCACUACAAUAAUGUGGUGCCUGUUGUACAUGUUGCACUAUCCUGAAGUUCAACAGAAAAUUUAUAAAGAAAUAGUUGAACAGAUUGGAACAGAUCGUUCACCGAACAUAACAGACAAAAGCAACUUGAAAUACUUAACAGCUGUGAUCAUGGAAGUUCAAAGAAAGGCCAGCAUUGUGCCCUUAAGUCUUCCUCAUCUUUGUAACAAAGACACAACCCUUGCUGGUUACAACAUUCCAAAAGGCACAAUCGUAAUGCCCAAUCUGGACGCCAUUCAUGCAAGUAAAGAAAUCUGGGGAGAUCCUGAAAAUUUUCGCCCUGAAAGAUUUCUGGAGGCUAAAGGAAACAUAAUCAAGAGGGAAGAACUCAUGCCUUUCUCUAUUGGCAGACGUAUUUGUCUGGGAGAAUCAUUGGCUAAAAUGGAGUUGUUCUUAUAUCUGUCCACUUUAUUUCAGAAGUUUGAAUUUCUUCCAGCAUCUCCGGAUAACGUUCCACCACUACAAGAUACUUGGGGCUUAGUUGCCGCCCCUGAGCCUUUUGAAAUCAUAUGUGUAGAAAGAGCUAAUUAACAUUUUAAAGCAUUGAUAUAUUUUUCAAAAUGACGGAACAUUUUUUUGUAAUAUUUAACUUUCUAUAAAUCUAUUAGAGCAUGGAAUGGGUUGCCUGAGCUAGCCAGGAAAACCAGUGACUUGGCAGAAUUUAAGUCAUUGGUUAAUAUGCAUGACUAAAUGCAUGACGCGUAGGACGUAAUCAUCUUCUUUUUUGAAGUAACGUCUGUAUUAUAUAAGAUAAGAAGAAGAAGAAGUGUGAAAUUGUUUCCCAUAAUUACAUGCCAUACGCCUGAUCCUAUUAUUGUGUGGACCAGUCUAACUUAUACCAACACAUCUGUCAAGUACAUUUUUUUUCACCUGUUCCAUGCCAAACAAACAAAAAAUUACAAUAGCUUUAACUAAUUAGUUAUUUUUGUUAUCGAUUCUUGUUUGUCAUAUACAAGAAACAAUUGUGGAAAUUUUCCUCUUAAUCCGAUAUUGGGUGUGGGAGAAAUAAUGUGUACAAAAUGUUUACAAGACAGACACACAGACAGAGUGCGUUAAUAAAAUGAUUUACAUUAGUAGAGUAUUUGUAGUACUUCAAAAUUAAACUUCUAUCUUUACCAUCGAACUUUGUCUAAAUAUAUCUAAAUAACGUGUGAGGUUUACAUCAAUGUCUCUUCAAGGUUUGCAUAGACGAUUCAAUAUAACAGUAGUUUUUUUUUCUUUUUUCCAUACAACUAAUAACAUGGUCAGAUAUCUUCUCCCGGCUUAUGCAGUAAGGCGUGACAAGCCCUUCCUUGCCUGGCUUGUGCAGUAAGGCGUGACAAGCCCCCUCUUACCUGACUUAUGCAGUAAGGCGUGGCAAGUCUCCUCAUACCUGACUUAUGCAGUAAGGCGUGACAAGCCCCCUCAUACCUGACUUAUGCAGUAAGGUGUGGCAAGCCUCCUCUUGCCUGGCUUGUGAAGGUGUUUUAAUUCUAAGAAUUUUUUUUAUUAAAAAAAAAGGCUUUUCUGAUGGGAAGAAUUCCACAUUUACAACUAUGCAUCUCAAUAAUUUAGACGUUAUUUUCUUUUUCGAUAUCCAACAAAAUAAUUAAUUACCAAUAGUUAAUUGACUACUUGGUUAGUUUUUUUUUAUUGAUUCAUGUUUUGUUAAGUACAAUAAAUAAAUGCUUCAAGUUUCCGCGAAUGGAUAUCUGAGAAAUUACAUGUAUAAUUAUCUAAGGGGACAAAAACCUACAUUUUUAAAACUAUAUCUGUAAAUACUGAAGGAAUCAUUUCCUUUAUAGUUAUCAAAUAAAAUAAUUAACUGCAAGUAA